GCUUCGCCGCACGCGCUGCUGCUCGUUUUGUUUUGGAAACUGGGAAUAUUCAUAUUUUUAUCCUCUCAGAGGCGAAAAACAAACAUUAUCAGACAUUUUUGGACUUUUGAGAGUAUUUUUCGACAACGCAUCUUUGACUCUUCCUGACACAUCACCUUUUUGUCAACUUUUUCAGACAAAAAAAAAAAAAAAAAGAAGAAGUCACCAUGGCAGAGACGUCCGCUCCAGCCAAAGCCAAAAGGGCGUCAAAACCCAAAAAGCCCACUUCUCAUCCCAAGUACUCGGACAUGAUUAAAGCGGCCAUUGUUCACGACGCGAGCCGGAGCGGAGCGUCCCGUCAGUCCAUCCAGAAGUACGUGAGGAAGAACUACAAAGUGGGCGACAACGCCGACGUGCAGAUUAAAAUGGCCCUGAAGAGGCUGGUGGCGUCCGGGAUGCUGCGCCACACCAAAGGCAUCGGCGCGUCCGGCUCCUUCAGGCUCACCAAGCCGGAGGACUCCUCCAAGAAGCCGGCCAAGGCGGCGGCGGCGACCGCCAAGCCCAAGAAAGUGGCCAAACCCAAGCCCAAGAAGGCGGCCAAGCCCAAAAAGGUCACCAAGACGCCGGAGAAGCCCAAGAAGGCGGCGGCGAAGAAGGUGAAGAAGGUCGCGAAGAAGGCGACCCCGGCCAAGACCAAGAAGACUCCGGCCAAGAAGCCCAAGGCGGCCAAGCCCAAAGCGAAGCCCGUGAAGAAAGCAGCCAAACCCAAGGCCAAGACUCCCAAGAAGGCGGCCAAGUCCUCCAAGAAGAAGUGAAUGGACACAGAAAGAGAACUGUAAAUACUUGAGGAAAAUGUUUUCGUAUAUGUAUUAUUUUUGUAAGGUCUCAUUAAAAUGUUUGUAGG